AAAAUUUUUAACUAUAAAAGUAUAAAAGUAGCGUAGGUAUAAAAGAAGCGACUAUUUCAGUAAGAAUGAAGUUUUAAAAUAAGAUUUUCGUAAUGAACAAGAAAUUAGUAUUGUUAUUAAAUGUUUUGUUCUCAUUUGUUCUAAAAGCUUCUUUGGCGCAAUGUAGCAACGAAGAUAAACCUGCUCCUUAUCCAACAGAUUGUACAAAAUUUUAUUUAUGCCCUGGAAACUUUGAAAUGUCCUGCGGACCUGGAACACAUUUCAAUUCGAAAAUACUUGCUUGUGAUUGGCCUAACCGAGCUGGUUGUAAAAGUGGAGGACCUGCAAAAUAUCAAAGUCCGCCAGGGAAGCCUUCUGGUCUCCCAGGUAUUCCUCCAGACCCACCUCUAAGUCCACCAGAAAAACCUCCAGUACUUCCUCCAGGUCCACCUGAUAAGCCUACAAUCCCACAUGGAAAACCUACAGGUCUAUCUGGAAAACCUCCUGGUACAGCGUUUACUCCUCCAGGGUCACCUCCAGGUUCAUCAAGAAAACCUCCAAUACCUCCUCCUACGUCAUCGAAAAAAAUUAAAUUAAUUAAAAUUAAGGAAGUUUAAUAAUUUAAAAAUGUCUUAAAGCUUAUAAAAAUUGGUUUUAACAGUAGAAGUCGCAUAAAUAACGACUUUUUGUUUACCUAAUCCAAAUUUGGUUGUUGUUUUAAUUGUUUGUUUUGAUAAUAAAACUAAAGUUGAUCAAUGAAAAGGCUGGAAAACUGUAAGUAUUUUAAGGAAUACGAUUAUACUGUAAGGUGAUUUUAUUUAAGGUUAAUUUAUAUACCUACCUACGUUUGAUACGUUUUUUAUUUUUGAAUGAUGAUUUUUAGUCGAGGAUUUUUUAAAUGAGGAUGGGAGUCGUAUGCUAGCUCAUUUGAAAGGGUAUUCAGUUCUCUAUUCAGUAAUAUAAACACUAACAUAAUUAUUUAUAUAGGGUGUCCAAAAAAAUUUUUUGAUUAAAAUAAUUUACACAAAAAGAAGAAUGUAAGUAAUUUAUUUAAUUGAAAAUGCAUUUUAUUGCUGUCAGCAAACAGGGAAAAAUGCUUAUUUCACAAAUAAACAUUGCUUUUCGCUUAAAUUCAAUGUUCAAACUGCUAAGAGACAGGUGGGAAGCAGCUUUAACAUUGAAUUUAAGUGAAAAAUAAUAUUUAUUUGUAAAAUAAACUUUUCUUUCUGUUUUCCGACAGCACUAAAAUGUAUUUUGAACUAAAUGAAAUACAUAGGUACAUUCUUCUUUUUGUCUCAUUUACUUAAAUACGAAAAAAAAAUUUUUUUGGAUCCCCUGUAUAAAUAAUGUUAAAGUUUAUAUAUACUACUGAAUAGAUAAUUAAAUAACCUUUCAAAUGAUCUAUCACAAGGCCACUACUCUCAUUUAAAAAAAAAUCAUCGAUUACGUUAUCACGUCCAGAUGGAUGGAGCCAUUAGUAUGAUAUUUAUGCUAAAAAAUCAUAAUUUAAAAAUAAAAAAUCGACCUAUUUUCCAACCUAAACGUCCUCACAGUAUAAUAAUAAUUAUUAUUAUCUUCCUUAAAAUGAAAUCAAGUCGUGUCAGGAUAAACAUGUUUUAAUUUUAAUACUUACAGUUUUCCAGCCUUUUCAUUAAUCAACUUUAGUUUUAUUGACAAAAUAAAAGGGGAUGGGUACGAAAUUUCGGCUUCAAUGCUAUUUAAAUGGGAUUCAUUUUUUUCGAAUCCUGAGAAAACUAAUAAGUAUUUUUGAAAAAUUUAAACGCAGAAUGGAAUGUUACGUUAUUACCGAGAGCGUAAAGUUCCUGAAAACUUCUAUAAUGUAUAUUUUAAUAAGCUACAGGAGUGAAAAACUACGAGAAAAUUUAGUGUGAUUUUUAAUUUCAAAUAUCUCAUUCAAAAGAAACUUUUUAUUCAUUCUUAGGGACUUUCGGCCCUCGAUAAUAAAGUAAUCUUUCAUUCUGCGUUUAAUUUUUAAAAAAAUACUUAUUAGUUUUCUCAAGAUUCGAAAAAAAUAAUUACAUUUAAGAUACAUUGAAAAUUUUGACAGGCGUCAAAAUUUUGGAUUUUGUGCCUUUCCCCUCAAAACCACGUAACCACAUUUGGACUAGGUAAAAAAAGUCGUUCUUUAUGCGACUUUUAAUGUUGAUCCCAAUUUUAGAAUAUUUCAAAUAUAAAAAUGUUUUAUUAA